CUCGCACUUACAUUGGAACCGUCGGUGGGGACGGUCGCACUGCUUCAUCAGUCAGUCCGAAAGAGACACCGCGAUAGUGUGCAAGUGAAAAGGCGCUUGUGUUAUUGUUAUUGUUUUCAUUACAAGGCGCGCAACCGAGUGCGAAAUGCUAGUGUUGUCGUUGCCCCGCUGAAUGGCGCAACGGAAUGAAAAAAGUGAUAAAACCAGAAAACAAAUCGAGUCAACAAAAGCGGAGUACAGUGCAAGAAACAGAAAUUGAUAAGCAUAAAAUUAAUGAACCCUCGUAAACGCCACCGUUGCACUUUCGGAAGCGGUAUUAAAUGGACAGGUGGGCAAUUGUGCAUCAAAUUGUUGCACUUGGAGAGAUCGGAUGUACGUGUGUACAUACAUAGCUGCUAUAAUCUCAAUUGCACUUGGAGCCAACGGUCGGCGAGCAAUGUUAGGCUAGGAGCCGGAGACCACAGCCACCAGAAUGUCCAGCUAGCAGAACCAGGAUCCCCGUCUUGAUCUCAGCCAGGUGCCGCAGUCAGAACACAACGCCCAGAAAAGUGAAGAACUCGUAUUCGGAGCACAAUUCUGGUUACCAUAGAUGGCUCACUUCAGUGGUCAUCGCCAGCCGGCGACGGUGCCGUCCCAUUUCAAGGAUCUCUUCACCAAUGGCCAGUUGGGUGCGGCGGAGGAGAGCAACAAUAAUGACCAGAACGAGCAGGAGAAUCGUCCCAGUAACAAUAACAAUGCUGGACCUUCGGAUCCCGCCUGCUGGGUCUUCGGUUACGGAUCCUUGUGCUGGCAUCCUGGCUUUAAUUACACCAAGUGCAUUACGGGAUAUAUUCGAGGAUAUGUUCGCCGCUUCUGGCAGGGCAACGUCACACAUCGCGGCUGUGAAGAGAAGCCUGGACGUGUUGCAACGCUCGUUGAGGACAAAGAGGGAAUCACUUGGGGCUGCGCCUACAGAAUAACAGGCAGCACGGCACUGGAUUAUCUCAAGCAGCGGGAGUGCACACUGGGUGGCUAUGCAACAAUCGAUACCAAGUUCUUCCCGCGCGUCGCCUCGCAGGACACGCCCUUCAGCGGCGAGGCGGUCGAGGUACUGGUCUAUGUGGCGACGCCAGAGAAUAUCUAUUGGUUGGGCGAUGACCCGGUCGAGGAGAUUGCCCAGCAGAUCGUAUCCUGCCGCGGUCCCAGCGGACACAAUGCCGAGUACCUGUUGCGCCUGGCCCUGUUCAUGCACGAGGAGAUUCCCGGCGUGAGGGACGAUCAUCUGUUCGAGCUGGAGCAAUUGGUUUUAGAGGAACUGUACCGCCGCCAAAUACCUCUGUCAUCUGUGAUGGGCCGCAAUCCAGAUAGGAUACGCCGCGACUCGCACGAGGACAUCCGCCGCCCGCCAUCCUUCGAGUUCACCUCCCGUGUGCCCGACACCAAGCUGCGUUGCCUGAACAUUUGAUUUCUGGUGUGCUGGCGGCCAAGUGCUAUGCAGGUCGCGUUUUUUGCUACAGCAAAUUCCAAAUUAUUGAUCGACAUUUUAGCUUGUUAGGUAACCAGAGUCUAUUGCCAAAUUUGACGUAUUUCUUUAAAUUGUAAAUAAUCCUAGGCCUAAUCAUAAGCAGCAACUCCUCCAUAAGUGAUCUGAUUUAGCCAAUAAGCUAGGAUUAAGCACAAAAAAACUUUUUACACGCAACUGUCAGGGAGUUAAAUUACAUAUGAAAAGAAAUG